AUGAGCUUCUACAACGUUCUAAGGGGUCGUUUUCGUGGGUUGGAGAGAGGUCCAGAAGACUCAUCGAAGCCAAUUACAGCAAACGCUUCGUUCUGUAGGCUACUUAAAACGAUCGUCUCCGCCCUUGCUCUUCUGCCCAAAGCCGUGCACCAUUUCUCUGAACAAGAAAUUGUGGAAGCCUUGGGCACCUCAGCAGGAGACGAAAUCAAUAAGAAUAACGAGUAUGGCAUGGCCAACGUACUAAUAGAGCGAAAGAAAGCUAAGAAAGCAAAGAAAAACAACAAGCUCGAAUACUAUGUGGAGUGGAAGAAAUGCUGGGUUGAGGAGCUCCAGCUGAAGCCUGAAGCCAAGAAUGAUUGGAAUCAGCUAAAGCGUCAGGGUGGGGUGGAAAAGAGACAUGGAGUAACCAUGCAUAAGGCGUGUCUACCCCCGCGGGCCGAAGGAGGAACUUCUCUAGAUCCAGAGGAGCGAGAAUCAAACUACUACAAGAGGAUCCUUGUGAGCCGAUCCAAGAGCCUUCUUGGGAGGAUAUUUCAGAUGUGUCAGGAAGCUAAAGUGUGGGAUCCAAAGCACGCGAAGGGCUGCUACGAAUAUUACGAGGACGAUGGUGAACGGAUGCAGCUCGAUGAAGGGACGAAGAGCGUUGAUCAAUUGAUACAAAUGGCUUUGAAUUCCCUCUCCGCGAAUAGUUCGAGGACUUUGACGUCCAUCCUUGAGAAAUACGAUGAAAUCAAAGUCGUCUAUCGACCCCCAAAUGGCACUAGUCCAAGUCAGCCAAUUCAUCUCCGACAAUUGAUUAAUGCGAUGGUAGGACAUCGACUCAGAGAGACGGCGACAUCAGCCGAAGAAACGGCAGAAAAGUUUCUCGGCAAUAACUUUGAGAUCAUGGAGUGGGAGGAACCGAUGAAGAAGAUGAUACGUCGAGCGCCGCACAUGCUACACACAAGCAACGCUACAUUCCUGAUCGUAAGGCUCUUCUACUCAUUGGAGUAUAUUACCAAAUGUCUCCAAGAGAGAAAUAUCAACUGGUAUGAGAAUGAGCUCAAGGGGCGCGAGCAGACACUGCUAGCAACCCUGGGGGAUGAGAACGACAAGGAAGAUCUGGCGGCACUGGUGGAGAGCUUUGAAGUUCUGCGGUGUUUUAGAGCUAGGUGA